AUGAAGAGAGAGAACCACACCGUGGUGACUGAGUUUAUUUUCCAGGGUUUCUCCAGUUUUCAUGAACACAAGCUCACUCUGUUUGUGGUAUUUCUUGCCUUGUAUCUUUUAACACUGGCUGGCAAUGUCAUUAUUGUGACAAUUAUCAGCAUUGAUCGUCACCUCCAUACUCCCAUGUACUUCUUUCUCAGUAUGCUUUCCACUUCAGAGACCACAUACACAUUGGCCAUUGUACCACGGAUGCUCUCCAGCCUCAUAGGUCUAAGCCAACCCAUCUCCUUGGCUGGCUGUGCCACCCAGAUGUUCUUUUUUAUCACUCUGGCCAUCAACAACUGCUUUCUGCUCACAGCAAUGGGGUACGACCGCUAUGUAGCCAUCUGCAACCCCUUGAGGUACUUAGUCAUCAUGAACAAGAGGGUUUGUGCCCAGCUGGUGUUGGGGGCCUGCAGUAUUGGGCUGCUUGUGGCCAUAAUUCAGAUAUCAUCUGUGUUCAGGCUGCCUUUUUGUAAUAGAAAGGUAGCCCAUUAUUUCUGUGACAUCCGCCCAGUUAUGAAACUCUCCUGUGCUGAUACCACUGUACAUGACGUAAUUAAUUUUAUCAUCAGUUCACUGGUUAUUGUGGUGCCCAUGGGCUUGGUCUUCAUCUCCUACAUCCUCAUCAUCUCCGCAAUCCUCAAGAUUGCCUCUGCUGAGGGCCGCAAGAAAGCCUUUGCCACCUGUGCCUCCCACCUCACUGUGGUCAUUGUCCACUACGGCUGUGCCUCCAUUGCCUACCUCAAGCCCAAGUCAGAGAACACCAGGGAUCAAGACCAGCUGAUCUCUGUGAGUUAUACCAUUUUUACUCCACUCCUUAAUCCUGUUGUGUACACUUUAAGAAACAAGGAGGUCAAAGAUGCUCUUUAUCGUGCUAUUGGCAAAAAAUUUCUUGCCUAG